CGUCCUCGCCGCAUUCGCCAGCCGCCCCCCGGACGACUGCACGAGCGCGCGGUUGCUUCGCAAGGCACGCGCGCGCCUACGCGCCUCGCAGUCGCGUUACGACUUCCUUAUUUAUGAUUUUUACGAUUCACGCAAAAGUUCUAAAACUAAUAAAAAUGUUCACGUUAAAUUAUCAUUCGGCGAGUUAUUGGCUAUAACAAUCUCAUUACGACUUUUACUCGCUUUCUUCACUAAACAAACUUUUCUAAAAACAUUCCUAAAGAUAUUAAACGCAUAAAAAGCUGAUUUAACAACGUGACGCUUUAAUAAUACGCAAAUAAAUUGUUUUGGCGCACUGAUUGGACUAGCACGUGCCCGGCGGGUGCAAAACGAAUUAGGAAAGGUUGAAAAACGACUCACAGCAACAACAAAUGCCGACCGAAGAAGACGCGUACAUGAACGGCGUCGGUCGCGCGGCGGCGAGCGUUUACCAACAGGCGUCGACCGGCGAGAAGCACGUGCUCUUCUAUCCGACGUCGCCGGCGCCGUCUGCCAACUCGGAAGCAACGGAGCGCCGCAGCUGGUCCCAGGCGUCCUCGUCCUUCGUUAACGCACACGGGAAUACACUAGUCAAGCCGACAGCAAACAACUCAGAAAAAUCAAGGAUGCGAAAAAACGAAAGCUCGUCGGCGUCGGAUCCACCUGAUGCUGGAGGGUCGGCCGCCCACGGCCAGCGCGCCUCCUACAUGACAAACGCUUCUUCGUCUUCGAGCAGCGGCGGCCGGAGUAAUUUCAAAAUCGGCAUCUAUGGCUGGCGCAAACGAUGCCUCUACGUCCUCAUCCUCGGCCUGCUCGUCAUGGUCAUAAUUAAUCUAGGUUUAACGUUAUGGGUCCUCAAAGUUAUGGAGUUUUCCUCGGAGGGUAUGGGUCAAUUGAAAAUUGUCGCAGGCGGGUUGCGACUAGAGGGCACUGCAUAUGUCCUCGACUCCUUAAUUACACGCCGGAUACGUUCGAGGACCGGCCAGUCGAUCGUUGUGGAGUCCAGCAAAAACCUGACCCUCACGACGAGAGACGCGCACGGCAAAUUAGAUAAUAUUAUUUAUUUAGGUAAUGAUCGUUUCGAGUGCCUAGCAAACAAUUUCAAAGUGAUAGACGACCGAGGGCACAUUCUGUUUUCGGCGAGUCGGGAUGAGAUCGUCGUUGGGUCCGACACUCUGCAGGUGACGGGUGAAGGCGGCACAACGUUCAGUGGAUCCGUACAGACGCCACUCGUGCGAGCCGAUUCCGGGCAUGACCUGAGAUUGGAAUCGCCGACGAGAACGCUGGAAAUAAAAGGUCCCCACGGCGUGAAUAUCGUGUCGCGAGCUGGCGAGAUCAAGGCGAUGUCGCUGAACGACGUCAAGCUGAAGUCCGUCGAGGGGGCGAUCCGAUUAGACGCGAGCGUUAUCGUAAUGGACAAAAUACCAACGGCGAUACCAAGCUCGAAAGUGAGUCAAUCAAAGAACCACGAUAUCUAUCAGCUCUGCAUAUGUAAUAACGGCAAACUGUUUCUGGUGCCGCCGCAUCAUUACUGCUCCGACGAUGGCAUCGUGUGUCGAUAGAAUUAUUUCACUCUUCUAACGACUAAAACAAAGCAGUAGAACCAACGAAUUCAACUAUAUACUCGUACAUGGUGCGCGGUUUUCUAAAACUGAUUUCCACAGUUUCCAAUGUGAGAUAAUCCGAUACGUUUCACUAAAAACGAUUACAACCUCAUGCAUAACUAAACGUUGUUGUGAUAACUUGUAAAGAUCCCCAAUUGCAGUUACAUUACAACACGAAUCGCUGCCAACUCGUGACUUUAUUGAGUUCACGUUGUUAUGACCCGACCCACAGACGACUUGCAUUGUAAUGAGUCGUGACGUACGUGCGAUUGCAACAAAUUUAUCCUCCAGACAACAUGUACAUAAAUGUAAUAUAUGUAUACAUGAAAUGAAAAUGUAUUAAUAUAAUAAUGUUAGAAUUGUAAAUUUUAUAUACAAUGGAAAAUGAAUAGAUAUUGCGAUAAAGGAGCAAGCAGUAAAUGUAUAAAGAUUGUUAGAAUGUUUAGGCGAUAUCGUAAUAGGCAAUAAUAAUUGUACAGUUUCUGAUUGCAUAAUCAGGCUACCAUUAGUGGUUAUAAAAGUAUCAUCAGCGCUAUUAAUGCCUUAAUAAACUGUAUAGCUUUAUGAAAA